AAUUUGUAUAGUCUGUACACAAAUAUAAAUUUUGCGCUAUUUUCAAAACAAGAUAUCACAAUUAAUUCAGAAUUUAUAAUCAUUAGACAUUGUGUUGUCUUUAUCGUAAUAAAGGGAUCAGCUAACUAAUUUAAAAUAUGACAACGCAUAAAAAGACAAUGAAAAGAAGAAGUCUUCAAAACAGUGACCCUGGAAAAAUAUUAGAUCUUGUUAUGAACUUAAAUGAUGACACGUCUUCGCAAUUGCAAAUAAAAAUAAAUUGUUACCUACGCGAAGAAUGUGACGCGGAAACCGUUUUUAUAGUGGUCGUACAUGGGGUCGGUUUCGAAGCUUCGAUAGAAGUUAUCGGGUCAACACCUCUGCCACGGAAAUUGAAAAUAUGCAUGACCCAAAAGCUAUCAGAUGUUCUAAAAUCAACUGCGGAACAAACGGAAUUGUUAUCCAAUUUUGGAACAGAUUUUCAAGCUAUUGUGUCACCUUUUAUAACAAAAGAACCGAAAAAGCGAGUCAUAAUGUACCCAUUGGCGGAUAAACCAUUCUCUAUCAUAGUGUGUAUUGUAGCACCGAAGAUUCUAGAAGAACAAGUCGCCCUGCUGAUUUAUGAGUCUUUUCUGUUUUGUUGGCCAGUGCUAAAGAAAACAAUAGCAUUGGAGUACGAAUGUACUUUAAAACAGAAAUGCCAACAAUUACUUCGUGUUGCCAGAAGAUUGUUUACCCAAGUGGCCUCAUUAGAAACGUUACUCCAAAUAGCUAUGGAGCAAGCAAAACAGUUGACCAAAGCAGAACAUUGUUCGGUCAUGUUGGUCGAUGUCGACCGUAUGGAGUUAGUUGAGAAAUACCACCCGGGACACUUGAGACAAGGGGAUGAUGAAGAUGUGAUGGAACGUCGAUUUCCAAUGAAUAUAGGUAUAACGGGUCAAGUGAUCAAAACUGGUACUUUGAUUAAUUGUAAAAAUGCUAAAGAGCAUCCUAUUUAUGAUCCGGAAAUAGAUUGCUAUCCUGGGGUUGAAUGCAAAGCAAUUCUCUGUUUUCCAAUAUGCGAACAGACUGGGAUAAUAGGUGUAGGACAAUUAAUUAACAAGAUUGGUGAUCCAUACUUCGACGCUAUGGAUGAAGAAAUGGCGUUAGCUUUUAGCAUAUAUUUUGGAGUUUGUAUUAUGCAUUCAGUUGUUUAUCAGAAGGUAGAGGAAGCUCAUAUACGUAACGCCUUAGCAAAUGAACUGGUCAUGUACCAUAUGAAGGUCGGCGAUUCAGAAGUUUCUCGACUAUUGGACUGCACUGGUUUCCACAACCACCCGCAUAUAUCCAGCUUACAUUUCAACCCGAGAGCGUUACCGAUAAGAGAACUACCUUGCUAUGUGUAUAAGAUGUUCUCUGACUUGGGUUUUGAUAAAAAGUUCAACAUAAAGAAAACGAAGCUGGCUAGAUUUAUCCUACACGUAAAGAAAGCCUAUCGAGAUGUUCCUUACCACAGCUGGUUGCAUGCUUUCAACGUAGCACAGUGGGCAUAUGCGGCUCUCACUAACUACAAACUUGUGGCGAAGGGUUAUUUGACUGACCUUCAAGGAUUGAUGUUCUUGAUAGCUGGGUUAGUCCAUGACAUGGAUCAUCGAGGUACCACAAAUAGUUUUCAAAUUCAAGGCAAAACCACGCUGGCGGCACUGUACUCCAGCGAGGGCAGUGUGAUGGAGAGGCACCACCUGGCGCAGGCGAUGUGCGUCCUCAACACGGAGGGCUGCGACCUGCUGGAGCCGCUGCCGCGCCGCGACUACGACCGCGCCCUCAUGCUCUUGAGGGACUACGUGCUGGCCACCGACCUGGCCACUUACUUCAAGAAUCUCAAUGAGUAUAAAGCAGUGUCCUUCGACUUUCAAAAGGGAAAUCGCUUACAUACGGUCGCCCUUCAGAGCCUCCUCAUGAACGCGGCCGACCUCAGCGACCAGCUCAAAGACUGGGGCAGCGUUAAGAAAACCGCUGCGUCAGUACUAACAGAGUUCUUCAAGCAAGGUGAUGCGGAGAAGAGUCGUGGAGAGUUGCCAGUCAGCAUCAUGGACCGCGAGCGAUGCUUCAUACCAGACCUUGAGAUUGAGUUCCUACAGACCACCUGUGUACCGCUUUUUGAUAUCUUAGGUAGAAUACUACCAAAGGCCCAACCUUGUGUCAAGAUAAUCGAAAACCACAUUGAGAGAUGGGAAGCUGCUAGAUCAGUUUUUGCUGAGGUGCCAACAACAGCUGGUCUGUCUGUUCUACUUAGUCCCGAACUGGACAACCUUAUCGAACAAAAUUUAAAAGAAAAGGAAAAGUUACGUCUUGAAAACGAAACGCAAGAAAAUAACGAAUAACUUUUGUACUUUUUUUGUGUGAUUUGUCAAUGUUGAAUAAAAGAUUUAAUUUGUAAAA